ACUUUUUUUGUAAUGUCUUCUUUAAAAGCUUUAUCUGAGGUUACUGUUUCUUUACUGUUUGACUCCAUAGCCUUAACCUUAAAACAGGGGGAGGAGAAUAGUGGGGUGGGGGUGGGGGUGCGAGCAGCAUAUAAGUGCAUCAGGAGGAAUUUUUAAACGACCUUAUUGUCUCUAGCUUUAGAAAGGCUACGAGGAUUUCCUUUUAACGCCAGCAGCUGUUUUCCCUCGAAACUUUGCUUUCAGCUAGAGAAUAUAACAUGAUGUCUCUUACGCAAGUGAGAAAGGAAAAUGUAUGCUGAUAAAUCCAGAUGCGAAGCAAAAGAAGGCUUAACUCUGUGGAUGGUAUUAGCUGUGACGAGGCAUUGUUCACUGCUGCCUCUUGGUUACGUUUAAAGGCUGAAAUAUCACGAGAUCCAUUCAAUGAUCCUUUUCUCAUUCAAGAGACAAAAUGUAAUUUGCUGUAGCUCUGGUUUCUUGGAGGGGAAUACUAUCCUUAGAUUUCAAAAGGAAGAACUAGAUGUGGUUUGUACACACAUUGAUUAAGUUGAAGAGCGGCGAUUACAUCUGUGCAGAGAGCAACAGUAGUCUAGGGGUGGCUUUUCAAAUCUCAAACCUACUGAGUUACAGACUCUCCUAAAUAGACUUCCUUAAUUUCCGGAUGCACUUCUGCAAAUUCCCAGUUCUCGCCAGAAUUCCUGCGAAAUUGGGAGGUUGUGUGCAUUUUACUUUGUAAUGCAAAACUAUCGAAAAUCAUUUUUUAAAAGCGAUCCUUUUAUUUAUUUCAGCUAUACCUGAUGGUGUAAUACGAGCUCCACUCACCAUAUUGCCAAUCUAUAGAGUGGAUAAUGGAACUUUUGAAUUAGAAGGGAAAAAUUAGUCCCAGAAAUAUGAGAUGUUUUCUUAAUCACACGGAUGUGUCUAAUUUUGGAUAUGCACUAAACUACUGCUAUAUAUAAGUGCUUGUGUUCUAUCCAGUUUUCAGUUGAAAACUGAUUAUGGGCGGAUAGUUAUUUUUGCAGCUUUUGACAUGCAAACCGCAAACAUCAUUUUAACGCACGAAGGAAGAGGUUUGCUAACAUCGCAACAUGUUCGAAAUCAUUUGUGCCUGACACUGAAGUAUUGUAACGUCACUGCGAAGAGGUUACACCUUCAUGCUGCUUCUUCAAAAUGAUUUUUAAAGGGUUGGUAUAAAUGGAACAUCUAAACUCUGCAGAAGGUCUACCCCAAACUGAACGUGCUGCAAACCAGAAGUGCCCUGGACCGUUGCAAUAUUCUAUAUCGUGUGCCAGCACUUUUCUGUUAUUACGUAAAGCCUCUGGAAGCACCUUGGAUAUUUUACAUUCUCUUUUCUCUACUGGAAGCAGUCAGCACACAAGAAUCCUAACGUGGAGUCUGGGACUCUAGGACAUUCCAGCUUGUGAUCCAGCACGGUUAAUUGUGAAAAGUGUGUACAUUUCUGGCUUAUCUAUGCUUUGUUAUGGGUCUGACGUGAGCCCACGUCCUCCUUCCCCUCCCCCAAUAUUACAGACAGAAUUUCAACUACAGAGUGACAGUAUUACGGUGUUGGAAACCUUGAUAUGCAGAGCAAAAAACAAACUUAGCCAUUGACUGUAGAACGACAAUUAAAUAGAAGAGGAAAAUCAACAGAAACUCGAAAAUCAGGAUGCCUUGAGACAAAUACAGCAUCUGGCUGAGGAUUGUGUGUGUGGCUUUUUUUCUUUAUUUCUGCAAAUGCUGGGAAUAAUUUAAUUCACGAAAUGGGAGACUUGAAGUCGGGUUUUGAAGAGGUGGAUGGCGUGAGGCUCGGCUACCUCAUCAUUAAAGGAAAGCAAAUGUUUGCACUCUCUCAGGUUUUUACAGACCUGCUCAAAAACAUCCCGAGAACUACAGUGCACAAGCGAAUGGAUCAUUUAAAAGUAAAAAAGCAUCACUGCGACCUGGAGGAGUUGAGGAAACUCAAAGCCAUCAACUCCAUCGCUUUUCAUGCAGCCAAAUGCACCCUGAUAUCCAGAGAGGACGUAGAAGCUCUUUACACUUCUUGCAAAACGGAACGAGUCCUUAAGACAAAAAGGAGGAAAAUAAGCCGGUCAUUGUCAACAAAAGAUCUCCAACCGGAGCACACAUCCACCGACCCCUACUCCAGCUUUUGGAAAGAGAACAAACUCUGGCUGGGUUUGAAUGAAUCGGCUCAGCCUCUGCCAAUUAGAAGAAAAGCUUUGCGUCCCGGGGACACAGGCUUGCUACCGGCCUCUGAUCUACCUCACAUUUUUAGUAAAUACACUGGUCACAGCUACCCAGAAAUCGCUCGGUCGCCUUGCAAACCCCCUUUAAACUAUGAAACUGCCCCGAUCGUGGGCAACUAUGUCACCUUUCACUCGGAUCCCCCGUAUUUUCGGAGCGUCCUUUGCAGCAAGCACCCGGCUGCUGCUGCUGCUGCUGCUUAUUACCAGUCCGCCGCCGCCAUCGCGCAGACCAAGCUAGCGGCGGCUGCUGCUGCAGGGAGCCCUGUGGGUUUGACUUACAGAUACAAAAGGAAAAGACCGUGUGAGGCCGCCCAAAAGGACUGUUUAUUAAACACCCCCAGCAGCGCCAGGCGGCUCCUGAUCGUGCCCAGGCCCUGCAAGCCCAAAGGAGCUGCAGCAAGCACGGCCGCUUGCCUGGAGAGAUUUCACCUCGUCAAUGGCUUUUGCACUUCUCCGCAGCAGCCGCAGCAACAGCAUCUGGGCAGCUUCCCCGAGAGCUACAGCAGUGACUCGGAGUCCAGCUCUUACUCCGACCAUGUGGCCAACGACUCUGACUUCGGGUCCAGCCUCUCCAGCACCAGCAACUCCGUGUCCUCGGAGGAGGAGGAGGAAGACGACGAGGAGGACGGCAGCGGUGUCUCGGACUCCAGCGAGGUCAGCUCCGAGGAGGAGGAUACGACCUCAGACUCCGACUCCAGCUCGGUUUCCAGCCAGGUCUCGGUGCAAAGCAUCCGCUUCAGGCGAACCAGUUUCUGCAACCCCCCCAGCAUGGCCCAGGCCAACUUCUUGUAUCAUUUGGCCACGGCCGCCCCCACCAAAUCGCCAGCUUUCGAGGAGGCAGGCAGGCUUCCCGACCUCAAAAGUGCUCAGUGUGGUGUCAAAUCGGAAUUGCCAGAGGAAUGGAGUCAUCAAAGCUGGGCAUCCAAAGCACCUCCAGUGUGCUGCUCCAGCAGCCUUGGAAGUUGUUUUGCUGAGAUAAGGAAUGAUAGGGUAUCUGAGAUCACAUUCCCACACCCUGAAUUUUCCAAUAAUGUAAAGAGUACUGACCUAACAAUUAACUGUGCUGCAAAGGGGGCCUCUUCACCUAGCCCAAAGACAAACAAUGCAUUUCCACAACAAAGAAUACUCAGAGAGGCAAGGAAAUGCCUUCAAGCAACAACUACACACUGUGCAGAUAACAAUACAAUAGCUGCUAGGUUCUUAAAUAAUGAUUCUUCACCAACAGCAGCAAAUUCAGAAGAAGAUUCCAAAAUCCCUCAUUGUAUUGAAUUUGCCACGGAUUUACCCUCUUUGCAAACUGAUCGUGCUUCUACAACAGCAGCAGCUGAGCUUGAAUGCACUGAUCCAGGCAAUAAGGCAUUGCCAUUCCUGCACAAUAUUAAAAUCAAAAUAGAGGAUAGCAGUACGAAUGAAGAAUAUGAACCUGACCUUUCAAAACAUAAGCUAAAGUGUGAGUGCAAUGAUACUAAGGAUGAGUUUAACGGUGUGACUGAGAGUAAUAACCCGGACGUUUUAUUAACAGCCCAGGAAGAUUCUGCUUGCACUGAGAAAGAAACCACUUCCUUAAACACGCUGACUCAGAGUCAGGUCCUUUCAUGCACUUUAGGUACUCCAAAACCUGAGGAUGGGGAGUAUAAAUUUGGAGCGAGGGUGAGAAAAAAUUACAGGACAUUGGUUUUGGGAAAGCGACCUGUACUGCAGACUCCUCCAGUCAAACCAAAUUUGAAAUCAGCUAGAAGCCCACGUCCUACAGGUAAAAUUGAGAUACAUGAAGGAACACUGGAUGAUUUUACAGUUACCAAUAGACGCAAAAGGGUAGCCAGCAAUGUAGCAUCAGCAGUGAAAAGGCCGUUUAAUUUCAUGGCAAACUUUCCCUGUCCACCGUCACUAAUUAUUGGCAAUGAUGGGGAUUUGUUGCCAGCUUAUUCCUUAAACACCACUAAGGAUUCGCAACCACCUCACAAGGCCCACCCUGUAUGGAAAUGGCAGUUGGGCGGUUCUGCAAUACCUCUUCCACCUAGCCACAAAUUCAGGAAAUUUAAUUAAUAAAAUAGUUUGGAAAAUACUUUCUUGAACCACCUUUACCUUUCUUUUGUUUUAAACUCAACAGGAUGGUUUGUACAAGCCCCUUAAUGCUUUACACACUUUUGGAGUCCUGUUUUAUCACAUUGUGAAGAUAGAAAUCGGAUUACUAUUUUCUUUUCCAUUACAGUUUUUAUUUGUUUGUUUGUCUGGGUAAUUUUUACAUUCCACAGAGUACUUCAGGCUAAAGACUCAACUUAAACUCAGUUAUUAUGGUAGAGCUGGAACACUUUACUGUUUAAAUGCUAAUAAUGCACCGGUACCUCAAUUCAACUGCUACAAAUAAAUGUCAAAAGGUUGAAUAAUAAAUAUUAGAAUGAGCCAUUAAAUUUAUGCACUAGAUUUCGAAAAUGGAAGUCUAACUGUUAAUUCAGUUAAAGUUUGUUAAGUUACUUGGUUGCACAGUAAGGGUUCACUAUAAUUCAAUGUGGCAGCAGUCUCUACUUUUCGGGAGCUUUGUUUUCCAGAGUAGGGGGCUCUUUUUCCAAGAGCAGUUGCAUUUACUAAUUUUUCUAUGGUUUGGAAAGGUUGGGGUAGGAGUACAGCUGAAGCACUGGAAAAGCUGCCUCAUCUCAAAACUAGUAAAUAAAUAUGGAAUUCUGUUUUUGAUAAAGGGUGUCUUUUUACUUGUACAGUCACUCUUUGCAAUUGGAAAGACUUUUUGUUUCACCCCAAAGUCUUAAAUAAGGUUACUGUUACCCACUAAUGUCCUACUUCAAUUUUGGUCUGAACAUGCCCCUUACUAACUUGCAAAGCAACUAAAAUAUUUGUCUGUAUAGCAGUACAAUUUAUGGUCUAACCUCUCACACUCGAUGGAGGAAAUAGCAAAGCGGUAAAUGCAACACAGAAAGUGAAACGUGAGGCCAUAAGUGGAAAGAAUACACAAAAUGAGAAUAUCAUGUUAUUCAUAGCUUUUUGGCACCAAAACUCAGGCAUUUAAACUUUAAUACACUUCACUGUUUUAUCCGAAUCUCUUGAAACUUGAGUUUUGCAAUACCAUCCUAUCUAUGUAGCAGGAGCAUUUCUACUGCACGUGACAAUCAGAGGCAAUUAUCUAUAUUUGCACUUAAUAUCGAAAUAGUUUAACAGGUAGACUUCUAGAGUCUAGCCCUCGGUAAGACAUGCUGGUGUAAUAUGUUGUGAUGAUGGAAGCAGUAAAUCAAAAUUAUGAAAAUUUGCACUGUUGAAAAGCAUGCUUUAGCUUUAUUUUCAAUUAAAAACACUGUUUAAAAAUUCCUGAUUUCAUACACUUCGACUUAUUGCAGAGUUGUCCAUAAUUUCCUCUUCAUCUGAAAGUUUAAGGUUUUUAUUUGGAGGAAAUACGCUUCCAGAGGUUAUUUUUGUUUUGUUUUGAUUUUAAAUAAAACUGUUAUUAACCCAAUUUAAGGCAGUCUUGAACAAUGUAGAGUUUAUAUUUUGGGAGGGAAAUACGUUACAAACUUAUAAUAAAAUAGUUUGAAAAGUUGGGGAUUUGAAAAGGACAACUACAAUUGGGCUGCUGAAUCAGCAGAGUUUGAGAUUAAAAAUUGCUGGGUUACUCUUUUUGAUUUACAUUUUAUUUAUAGUAGAGUCUUUUCCAAAUUACAUUUUAGGGAUUCCACCUCUUCAUUAA